AGGGAGUGUACAUACAUUGCAUGCAUUUUAUUGCAUUUCCUCAUUGACGAGAAGACUUACGGAUUAUGUAUGUCCACAGUGCAACGGAGGAUUCAUUGAAGCAUUAGAUAGUGACAGUCCUGACCACUCAGACGGAUCAAGCCAUUCAAGUGAUGAACGAAGGCUUUCCUUUGAAGGAGACGAUCCCUUACAAACUUUAGUCUUCUCAACACUAUUCAGCGACAUGAUGAGUGAUACACCAGGAAACAAUUCAUCAAGAAGAACAAACUUGGGAAGUCCAUCAUCGUCAUCAUCAUCAUCUCCUUCAUCGUCCUCUUCCUCCUCAUCAUCGGGUGGAGGACCUUCAUCUAACCAGUCCAGUAGGAAUCCUGGAGUAUCUGAUAGCAAUAGAACAUUUGCUAUGCAUUCGCCUGGUAGUAGGACAAUGUUAAGGAUUCAUGGGGGACCUAGGGGUGCUCCUCCACCUGAUAUGAUAGCUUUUCUACAGCAGUUUCUAGGACUGGCUCCCCCUCCUCCUGGACCUGGUGGUGUUCAUUUCCCAGUUCAGAUGUUCAACAUGCAUGGCAGUCCAAGGGAUUAUGCUUGGGGCGAAGGUGGUUUAGAUGCUAUUAUAACACAGUUGUUAAAUAAUGCAGAAGGUCAUGGUCCACCCCCUGCCUCACAUGAUGACAUCACUCGACUAGAAGAAAUAACAAUAAACAACAUUCAUAUUGAACAAUCAGCAGAUUGUCCAGUUUGUAUGGAAGCCUUUAAAUGUGAUGAAAAGGCAAAACGUUUACCAUGCUCUCAUUUCUUUCAUCCAAAGUGUAUAAAAACAUGGCUAGAAAUGCAUAACACAUGUCCUGUAUGCAGAAAACCUAUCAACGGUGAAUCAGUAGCGAAUGAUUCUGCGUCAAGUUCUAAUGUGAGAUAAAAACAUUGAAGACUGCAUGUAUAUAUCCCUUUUUUGAAAUUUUAAUAGGAUAUUUCUCAUUGAAAAUAUUAUAUAAAUAUAUAUAUAGUACUUGCAACCAGUGCGUGAUGGAAGGCAAAAGGUUCUGAAGAGUGGAUUUCAUGAGAAGGACUACAUGUAUGCAGAUAUUGACAUCAAUGAGGUGCAAUAGAGAGAAACCUAGUGACCGAAUGGAUUCAUUUUUAAUGAAUAUUCAAGGCAUAAUUCUUGGUGACGUCAUUAUCUUUAUGGAAUUUGUAAGACCUGGCUAAUGAGGAAAUGUUGUUAUCCUUCAUUGCCAGUAGUACUGCAAAAUCAGAAAUACACCCAAUAACUGUUUCCUGUUCAUUUCACUAUUAUUCAAGUUUGCGCACUACUUUGAUUCUUUAAUUCAAACAUUUUUAAUAUUGGGGUAAUCAUCUUUAAAGGAGUCAUUGUUCUGUUUUUACAGUGAAAUAUAUACAUGUUUGUGACUUGAUAGGCCAUGUGCAGUUGUAUUUGAUGGUAGUUCAACACAAUUUGUCUUUGGGAUAAGAAUAGGAAGGCUAGAUGAAUACGAGCUAGUCUUAACCCUAAAAUGGCCGGGGGGGGGGGGGGGUUGAAUCAACCCCCCCCUCAACAUUUUCUGCGAUCAUUCCGCCGCGCGAAAUUUUUUGACCGUGCCACUCGCAGAGUUUAUACUUUUAAGUCUCGCGCAUCUUUCGAGACCAAAUUUACGACGCCCAGGUACACGGUUCCGAAAUUACACAACAUUUCGUAAGUGCAUGUCAGACCAAAAAUUGUUCCAAAACGUGAUUUUGUGUACAAAGUCAAUGCAAAUUGAGUUUUCUCAUCUUAUUCAUAAAGAUAUGAUUAUUUUUACUUUAAACAGCUGAAAUCAAUUGAUUUUAGCAUAAUUAUGCUUCAAAAAGGUUGUGCAAUAAAUCUGGUGAAAAAAACAAAGAAAAACAAAAGGUUGAAAAACAAAGAAAUACAUAAGAAAUUCAUAAAACAAUAAAAUACAUAGAAAUUGAUUUCCAAACCGAAGUUUUUUUCAAUUGCGAUUGUUAAGAAUGCUGCAAAGAAUAUUUUUACCAUAAAUUAGCAUUCUAGGAGCUUUAUUUAGUGAAUUAGGGCAAAAAGUAUGAUUUAUGCAUAAAUUAGCAUAAUUAAUUCAUACGAAAUAAAAUCUCAUUAUUUUUGAAAAUUUUGCCAUACAGUCUUGUAGAUUACAUCGCACACUACCAGCGUGCAAAUUUUUGCGGUGCUCGCGUGAUCGGCGGCCGAGAUCUCAGGGGGGGUUGAAUCAACCCCCCCCCCCCCCCCGGCUACAGAACAGCAAAAAAAGCCCGGCCUAGUUAGGGUUAAGGGUUUUUUCACAAAGAUUUAUAGUGGAACUUGGUAUCUUGUUUAUUGUCAAAUUGCACAUGAUAUUUAUGUGCAGUCUCCUUAAUUUAUACACAGUAGCGCAUAUCAUCUGAGCAUAGUUUAUUUUGCGUCUUUACAGCAUGCAACUGUGAAAUUAUAAAGUGCAGGUUUUGAAUAGUCAACUUAAAUCUUUGUGAAAUGCCUUUCCAGGAUUUGAAUAAAUCAGAUGAGUUUAUUCAAGUUUGUUCUUGCCAAGUCUUUGAAAUGUACUGGGCUGCUAUCCAUCUACUCUUGUGUGCAUGUUUUACUGCAGUGUAUUAUUUCUAAAUAAUGCUGGAUACCUCAAUAGAGGCAGCAGUAAUCACAAAUAUUGUGCCUGUUUUAGUAUUUUUCACACACUAUGAUGUCAGCAUAGGCCUAUGAUGCUACAUUUUCUUUAUUUUCACCUGUUGCCUAACAUAAAACCCACCUAGAAUAUCUUGUGGCUCUGUAUGUUUUUCCCCUAUGAUUAGGAUAUGUGUAUCAUCAAGCCUGUCCUCAAUGAUCAACUAUUUGUAUUGACUGACCAAUGUUUCCAUUAGAUGACCUUGAUAGAAUGAUUUUAAGUUUAUUGGUCUGACUUGAAAGCGAGACAAUCGCCACUGCAUUUAGGAUUUUUAUUUUUGCUUUAAUGGUAAGUUGCAAUGUACAUUAUAUUUAGAGUCAAAGGCUCAGUGUUUGAUUAAACAUUUCACAGUGAUUUUAUAGUAUAAGGGUUUAAAACAGAUCCUGAAUAUAACUUAUAGGGUUUGUUUCUGUUAAUAUUAUUGCAUUUGACAUAUUUUAUUAAUAUUUGUGGUAAUUGGGGAUGGAAACCGUAAGUGAUAUAGGCAGAUGAAGUAUGGGAAAAUGGUAGGAAAGAAAAUCAACCAUUCCUUAGUCUGAGAAUAAGUGACCCCCUUUCCCCUCCCAAACUUAUCUGGUAACUCUAUUAUUAAACACUUGUAGAGAAUUGUGUGCAAAGGUUUGCCUUACAUGCACGCUGUAAGACGGUCACCUGACCUAUUCAUGAGAAAGUCUUUGAAAUCAAGGUAGAUCUAGAUCUGGCUUAUUAACUUCAAUCUAACUCUGAAAUCAUGAAAUCUAAGCUGAAAAUUGAUCACUCAGAAGAUCACUAACACAUUGCAGCACUUGCAGGAAACACCAUACAUCUGACUGGAAUUCCACACUUUUUUUUUCCUUUUCUCAGCAACGACACAUUUUCUACAAGAAAUUGGCUUAUAUUUUCAUCCAUGCCUAUAAACACUGGUGGUCCUUUUAUUGUAUUCUGUUUGAACUCACUGUUGAGAUUGUUACCACAUCUGGCUUUUAUCUUUAAUUCUGUGAAUGAACAGUGAUGCAGUUGCAAGAACCCAAAUCAGCUUGUUAAUUGAUAUCCAAGGACCUUUUGAUGUUUACUGUAUGAAAUUACAUUACAAUACUCGUUUGCUUGUUGUAUUUAUUCACCAUGUAUUAUAUUCAUUUACAGAGGUUAAAUAUUCAGUCUGUUAUAAACUAUAAUGACAUAUCACAUCAGGGACAAUGCAUAUAGUGAGAAUGGAUGAAAGACAAUGUCUCAAAUGUGACAUGUGCUUAUAAAUACAAGAGUAAUGUACUGUAUUUGAAUUCUUUUAUUUUUCUGAUUUAACACUAGAUUCUAUGGUAUAGCAGAGAAGAUAUCAACCAAUGUAUAUGUUCUA